GAAAUCUCAGAGAAGUUGGAUAGGCAGAAGAAAGGACCUCUUCAUUAUUAAGGAUUAAAAUGUAUAGGCCAGCACGGGUACCAUCAGCCUCAAGAUUCCUGAAUCCCUAUGUAGUGGGUUUCGUUGUUGUGGCAGGAGUGGUAAUCCUGGCAGUGACCAUAGCUCUACUCAUCCACUUUUUAGCCUUUGAUCAAAAGUCUUAUUUUUAUCAUAGCAGCUUUCAAAUCCUAAAUGUCAAAUACAGUAAUCAGUUAAAUUCACCAGCUACACAGGAAUAUAGGGAUUUGAGUGGAAGAAUUGAAUCUAUGAUUACUAAAACAUUCCAAGAAUCAAAUUUAAGAAAUCAAUUCAUCAGAGCUCAUGUUGUCAAACUGAGGCAAGAGGGUAAUGGUGUGAUAGCAGAUGUUGUCAUGAAAUUUAAAUUCACUAGAAACAACAAUGGAGCAUCAAUGAAAAGGAGAAUUGAGUCUGUUUUACACCACAUGCUGAAUAACUCUGGAAACUUGGAAAUAAACCCUUCAACUGAGAUAACAUGCAACUCAGGAUUAAAGGAUUUUGGUAGCCCCCACACUGGACUGUACUUAUUGUAUUCAUCUUACUCUCACUUUUUUUUUUUAACACCAGCAAUUACUGACCAGGAUACAGUGGAUAUGUUCACUCAAGGAUGUGGGGCCCGUACAGACCUAAUAACUCUGUCUGCAGAGAGGAUCCUAGGAGGCACUAAGGCUGAGGAAGGAGACUGGCCAUGGCAAGUCAGUCUACAGACGAAUAAUGUUCACCACUGCGGAGGCAUCCUGAUCAGUAGUAUGUGGAUCUUGACAGCAGCUCACUGCUUCAGAAGCUACCCUAAUCCUCGUCAGUGGACUGUCACUUUCGGUGUUUCAACAACAUUUCCUAAACAGAGAAGAGGAGUAAGGACUAUUUUAAUCCAUAGCAAUUAUAACCCUGCAACUCAUGAAAAUGAUAUUGCAGCUAUACAACUUGACAGAGGCAUCACCUUUACCAAAGAUAUCCAUAGGGUGUGUCUCCCGGAGGCUACCCAGAAUAUUCCGCCUGGGUCUACUGCUUAUGUAACAGGAUGGGGAUCUCAAGAAUAUGGCGGUAGCACAGUUUCAGAUCUACAGCAAGCACGGGUCAGAAUAAUAAGUAAUGAUGCAUGUAAUGCACCAACUAGUUAUAAUGGAGCUGUUUUGUCGGGAAUGCUAUGUGCUGGACUACCUCAAGGUGGAGUGGAUGCAUGCCGAGGUGACUCUGGUGGCCCACUAGUUCAAGAGGACUCACGGCGGCUUUGGUUCCUUGUGGGGAUAGUAAGCUGGGGGGAUCAAUGUGGUCUGCCAGAUAAGCCAGGAGUAUAUACGCGAGUGACAGCCUACCGUGCUUGGAUAACUGAAAAAACUGGGGUCUAGAGCAAUAAAGGCAUCUCUGUGGCAAAGUCUGUAUGCUGGUGUACGUCUAAAAUUCCAAAACCUUGCCUUUCAGCUGCAAAAGAACCCGAAAUUGCCCUAUUUUAACCUCCUGUCACAUAAAUAUCGUUUC